AUGGAUGACAAGGAUGAGGUGGAGGACCAUACUGCGUUGGAGACAGUGCUUGAAUGGAGCUCUCCACAGUACACCCAGUAUCAGUGGUCUUGGAAGGAAACAGAUCCAAACCAGGCUGCGCAAGAAGGACAGGGACUGCAUAUUCCAUUCCAGUUCUCUUCACGGGAUGAAGUGGAGUCCUAUGCAGGAUAUCUGUUAUACCUUGCAGUAUCUUUUGAGGAUAAAGUGGAGCCAUUCCAUGCACGGUUUUUCCCCUCCCCAGCGGAGAUAGAUCUAUCAGAUGCUCAUGGACCAUAUCCAACAGAGGUGGAGGCUGUGGAACCAGUCACAACAGAGGAAGUAGUGGCAGUUAUAGCACGCUUGCCAACAGGGAAAGCACCAGGGGCCUCAGGGGUCCCAAAUGAGUAUCUGAAACUGUUAGGCCGGCCCUUGGCGGCUGCACUGGCUACACUCACACAAGGAUGCUGGGACAGGGGGUAUUUCCCAAAGGUGUUCAAGACAGCCCGGACGGUGGUACCCAGAAAACCAGGUAUGGCAACCAAAUGCGAGGGCAAUUUCGACCUCACCUCGUUCAGCGAAAUUGGGUGCAUGCUAGUCCUUGCCUCACUUCCUGUCCUGUCGUACCUACUCGUCAUCCAACCAUACGAAGAAGGUGCUUUUAUUCAGGGAUGGACCGUCAGACGACCCAAACAAACUAAGACUAAAUGACUGAACCGAGAAGAAUUCGAAGUUCUAGGGCCACCUUCUCCACGCAUACACGACCCCGAUGAUUUCUCGUUCAGAAAAGACAAAACAUGGGGUUAUUUGGGUGUUCGGUGUUCGUCAGCGUGCGGCCUUCGGGCUCAGUUCCCUUCCAGGGACGAUGGAGUUCCGGAGGGUCUGCUUUCGACUUAUUUUGACAUUUGGUAUUGCAUCUGCCCUAUGUUUCUGUUUUCUCGGUGCAUGUCUUUAAUAGCAACCUGGACUGUCGCUAUAAAACUUUCUGUCUGUCUUAUUAUAGUUAACUGUGGUCGUUUGUCCAUCCGUGGGAUUCACCAGUUAUGCCUCCCUUAUUCAGACUAAUGUACACCAUCACACUGAGAAUGAUAGCCGCCCACUCAUGGCAAGCAAAAAAAAAAAGGAAUGCCUGCACCAUAAACAUAAUCCCAU